UGCUAUGUUGCAUAGCGUUGCCAGAAUCCCGCUAGCGAACUAUUUGCGUUGCUGCACAUCGACCAACCAGCAUCUGCGAAAGGUUCCCCGUACCGGUGGACUAAGCUGCAGUCAACUCGGUGCGCACGGUACCACUACAGUUGACUGUUGCUCGUUUUCAACCAGUCCCACUGGGCUGCUGUUCCAUCAGUUUCCUUCGCCACCGGCGUCACCGCAGCAUCAGCCUUCAACUAAUCCACUAGCAACAGCAACGCAAGUACGCUCUUCCAGUUCGACACAUUCGAAAGGACCGUCAGGCGGCAUGGAAGCCAACUCGAGCGGUGCAACCAGUGAACCAAAGUUUACCAACCGAUUAAAGCAGGAAAAAUCUCCGUAUCUGCUCCAGCAUGCGCACAAUCCCGUCGAAUGGUACCCGUGGGGUGAGGAGGCGAUUCAACGGGCACGGGAAGAAAACAAGCUAAUCUUCCUAUCGGUCGGCUACAGCACCUGCCACUGGUGUCACGUGAUGGAGAAGGAAUCGUUCGAAAAUGAGGAUGUGGCCAAAAUUAUGAACGAACACUUUAUCAACAUUAAGGUGGAUCGGGAAGAACGACCCGAUAUCGAUAAGCUGUACAUGAUGUUUGUGCUACUGAUCAACGGAUCCGGUGGAUGGCCAAUGUCCGUUUGGUUGACGCCGGAUUUGGCUCCCGUAACGGGUGGGACUUACUUCCCACCGAACGAUCGUUGGGGUAUGCCCGGAUUUACGACGGUACUGACAAAGCUAGCUAGCAAGUGGUCGACGGAUAAGGAAGAGCUCACGACGACGGGUCGAUCGGUGAUUGAGGCAAUCCGGCGCAAUGUGGAUCAUAAGCGGGCGGAUGAGGUUGAGGAUGCAACGAGUGUGGAAACGCUGGAAGCAAAGUUUAAGCAAGCGGUCAAUAUGUAUCAACGCAAUUACGAUCCAGUUUGGGGAGGAUCGCUCGGUGCACCCAAAUUCCCGGAAGCAUCCAAACUUAACCUGAUGUUCCAUCUUCACGUACAGCAACCGACGCACAAGGUGCUAGGAGUGGUGCUAAACACACUGGACAAGAUGGCAGCAGGCGGUAUACAUGAUCACGUGUUUGGAGGCUUCGCUCGGUACUCGGUCGAUAAGAAGUGGCACGUGCCACACUUUGAAAAAAUGCUGUACGAUCAAGGACAGUUGCUGUCGCUGUACGCGAACGGUUACCGAUUGACACGGAAACCAUCGUACCUUGCCGUUGCGGACGCCAUUUAUCGCUAUCUCUGCAAGGACCUUCGCCAUCCGACCGGAGGAUUCUACAGUGGCGAAGAUGCCGAUUCCCUACCAACGGCGGACAGUGAGGAAAAGAUCGAGGGUGCCUUUUAUGCGUGGACGUACGACGAGAUCAAGGAACUGUUGCAAGCAAAUUUGGAUAAAUUCGGUGAUCUUGCGGGUGCUGACCCAGUGGCCGUUUAUACCGGACAUUACGAUGUGAAGGAAGAGGGUAACGUUAAACCGACGAGCGAUCCUCACGGUCAUUUGCUCGGCAAGAACAUUCUCAUCGUGUACGGAUCCGUAAGGGAAACGGCCGAUAAAUGUAAAACGACCGUUGAAAUCGUGGAACGUAUCCUGAAGACAGCCAACGAGCUGCUGCACGAGGUGCGUGAUAAAAGGCCACGGCCACAUCUGGAUACGAAAAUUCUUUGCGCCUGGAAUGGGCUCGUACUUUCCGGGCUGGCACAGUUGGCUUGCGUGAAGGAUGCACCGGGCAGGAGCGAGUAUCUGGCGACGGCCGCGGAGCUGGUGAAGUUUAUCCGUGCGAAUCUGUACGAUGUACAGGCGAGAAAGUUGCUGCGAUCGUGUUACGGUGGUGCGGAGGAAACUUUGGCAUCCGAAAGACCGAUUUACGGGUUCAUCGACGAUUAUGCCUUCCUGAUUAAGGGUCUAAUUGAUUAUUACGUUGCCUCGCUGGACGAGCACGCACUGCACUGGGCGAAGGAGCUGCAGGACAUCCAGGACGAGCUGUUCUGGGAUCCGAAGCAUGGUGCCUAUUUCUACUCGGAGGCGAACUCUCCGAAUGUAGCUGUACGGUUGAAGGAAGAUCACGAUGGUGCAGAACCAUGCGGUAACAGUGUUGCCGCACACAACCUGCUCCUGCUCAGCGAUUACUUCGAGGAAGAACGGCUCAAGGAGAAAGCACGCACGCUGUUCGAUUAUUUCGCACACACGGCUCAUUUCGGCUAUGUUCUGCCAGAGAUGAUGUCAGCCGCAUUACUCGAGGAACAGGGCCGUAACACCCUGAUCGUCGUCGGUCCCGAAAGUCCUGAAGCAACCGCACUAGUUGAUGCAGUGCGCGAAUUCUACGUACCCGGUAUGAUCACGGUACAGCUCAAGAUCGAUCAGCCACCGCACAUCGUACGGCGGCGCAAAUCGCUCGAUAAUUUUAAGAUGGUCAAAAACAUGCCAACGGCGUACAUCUGUCACAACAAGGUGUGCCAUCUGCCGGUAACGGAACCGGAACGAUUAACCGAAGAGUUCCAGCCACGGUACACGUUCGACUAUCAGGAGUACGAGAACUGAUUCUUCGAGGCCUAAGG